UCUCAUAAAUCCACGCCCUAGUAUAGAUGCAGAAGCACAGACACCAGCAAACACACACAGUUUCACUCUCUCCUUCCCUGCUGGUGGAAACAGCUCUUUUGUACAAUACGCUAGCAUGUCUGACAAGCCAGAUCUCACAGAGAUUGCAAGGUUUGACAAAACCAAGCUGAAGAAGACAGAGACAAAAGAAAAAAACCCAUUGCCCACCAAAGAGACUAUUGAACAGGAAAGAAAAGGAGAUACAAGCCCCUAACCUGAUGGAUAAAAGGAAAUCCAAGCACAACAGUUCCUUUGCUGCUAUAUUAUUAAAUAUUAACUAUAUUUAAUGAUUAUAUGUUUUUUGGGUACUGCUGUCCCUUGUGAUGCAUGGUUACCAUGGUGAUAAAUGUCACCAUUGGAAAAUUAAGACACGGUGACAUAAGAUGGUGUUUGAGCAUGGAUAUUUCAACAAAUGUAAUUCAUAGCAAUUUUGAAUCAACAUUUCAUGAAAUAAAAAGAAAUAUGAAACCUACACACAGUAUUGUAUGAGGUGGAUAAUUUUUAAAACCCCUCAAUAAUAUGCCUGGUUGAAUAUGUCUGUAAUGUUUAGUAUUAAAUUAUACACUGUAUUAUGCACUAUAUGCCAUAUCAUUUAGUCAUAGAGCAAUUCUUUCUAGAAAAUAAAUGUUCAUAUAAACUUGGUGCUCUGAGUGUUUAAGCCAAUAUAAAGGUAAGCUGCUUAAACUGCCACAGCAGCAUCCACAAUCAUCUACAAUGAACUGCAUUCUAUACAUUUGCCUUUGAGUGGGCAUUGACUUUAGUACAUAUUAGAAAAAUAGCAUACAGGAUCUAAUGUCUGGGCUUUGUAAUUAUAUAUACAAAAUGCAUUGAGACAGUUUGCACCAGUAGUAUAGCUGUUACAUUCCCUGCUCUGUGAUUAAGCUUCCUCACAGCACUAAGACUUCCUUCAUAUUUAGCAAGUAUGGUGAACAUUUGUUCUUCCAUUCUAUGCAAAGCUAAUCUUGCUUCUUAAUAAAGUCCUUUCUGAAAGUAAUGGAAUAGCAAA